AUCGGCACCUCCCCAGAGCCCCGGGAGAAGCCGCUGUCCCUCCUGGCUUCCUGCGACUCGGUCUGGGCAUUCCCUGCCUCCUUUCCCGGGCGCUGCCUCCUUCCUUGCCUGGCCACUGCCUGCAUCCCUCCUCGGGCAUCCCCUGCAUCCCCGCCUGGGCAGAGCCUCCCUUCCCUCCCCGGGCUCUGCCUGCAUCACUCCCGAGCAUCGCCGCCUGCAUCCCCGCCUGAGCGGUGCCUGCCUCCCCCCGGGCGCUGCCUCCAUCGCCGGCGCCGCCCGCCCCGUGCCUCGGCCGGGCUCCCCCGCCGCCGCCCGGCCCCUCGGUAUCGCCGCGCCGGGCCGGGCCGGGCCGAGGCUCUGCAGCGGGGCCGCCCGCUCCGCUCCGGGCUCGCCGCAUGGCUCCGCCGCCAGCCGGGGCGCCGCCGGCCCGGGCCGCCGCUGCCAGUGACAGGCAGUCCCGCAGGGGAAAUGCAUCCUGAAUGGGGCUGAGGCCCCCUGCGUGGGAAUAUGCAGCCUCGGCCCCGCAGGGGCAGCACCAGGGCAGCGGCCGGCGCGCGGCGGCAUGGUGGCAACGUUCAAGAUCGCCGUGCUGGGAGCGCAGGGCGUGGGCAAGAGUGCCAUAGUGCGGCAGUUCCUCUACAACGAGUUCAGCGAGGUCUGCGUGCCCACCACGGCCCGGCGCGUCUACCUGCCCGCCGUCGUCAUGAACGGCCACGUCCACGACCUGCAGAUCAUGGACUUUCCCCCCAUCACCGCCUUCCCCGUCAACACCCUGCAGGAGUGGGCGGACGUGUGUUGCAGGGGGCUCCGGAGCGUCCAUGCCUACAUCCUGGUCUAUGACAUCUGUUGCUUUGACAGCUUCGAGUACAUCAAAACCAUCCGCCAGCAGAUCCUGGAGACGAGGGUCAUCGGCACAUCGGAGACACCCAUCAUCAUCGUGGGCAACAAGCGGGACCUGCAGCGGGGCCGGGUGAUCCCGCGCUGGAACGUCUCCAACCUGGUGAAGAAGACGUGGAAGUGCGGCUACAUCGAGUGCUCGGCCAAGUACAACUGGCACAUCCUGCUGCUCUUCAGCGAGCUCCUCAAGAGCGUGGGCUGUGCCCGCUGCAAGCACGUCCACACCACCAUCCGCUUCCAGGGCGCCCUGCGCAGGAACCGAUGCACCAUCAUGUGAGCCUCCCCUGCCCCUCUGGACCCCUUUGGCUGUGCCAUCGUGGCCACCCAUCCUUAGGGACCGCGGCUCCCCGUUGUCACCACUCAAUGGGGGUGAUGCUGUGGUGGAAGCGGUGCUGGAGGCACCUUGGGGUUUGCUUCUCUGCCAGCGCUGGCACCCUGCGGUGAUCUAUGUGGACAAUGCACCUUGGACAGGGUGAUGCUUGGCCAUGGGCAGGAGGGUGGCCGGGAUGCCUGGAGGUAUCAAAGGGUGAGGGAGGACCGUGGUUAAAUUGAGCCCCCCCCAAGCCUCCAGCACUCGUGGUCAAAGCUGUCCUGGGGGGGUUUGUGUCUCUGCUGUGCCUGAAAUGCUGCUUGGCACCAAGGGGGUGGAGGAGAUGCCUCAGGUGGUACCCAGAGGUUGGCUGUUGGGUCCAUCCUUCCCUGGCAUCUGCUGCCUACCAUCACCUGCCUCCGGGAAGGGAAUUACACUUCCAUCCUACACGGUGGAGAUGGGAGUCCCCCUUACAGAACUGGGGUUUCUCUCCUAAGGGCAGCGCAGCCUCCAGCAAGAGGCCGGGUUACACGGGCUGUCAUGGGUCAGAUUUCCAGGUGGAAUUUCUGGAUGAAAGCAAGAAAGGAGGGAGGAAAACACUAAAAUAGAGCCCCCAUCCUGCCCCUUACAUCCCCUGGGUGCUGGGUGCUGCUUCCCCAAGGCCUUGAGCCCCCCUUCUGCCCCAAUUCAGCCAAGGAAGGCUCCUCCUCCGACGGCCUGUGGCACACCAAAUAACCCCGGAACGCUGCUUGCCAGGCAGGUCACCCCUCCGCUACCUCGUGUCCCAGGCUCAGAGGGCUUCAACCAACCCCUGGUGUCCCCAGGGCAGCCCCUCACACCAUCAUCCCGUUCUGCGCCGGCUUUCCCAUUGGGAUGCUCGCCUCCAUCCAUGUGAGAUGGCAGCGGUGCAAAGGCAUCCUCCAAAGCAAUAGGGACCUGGAGUUUGAUUUCCAGUUGCGUUCCUUUUUCUUUCUCUCUGUCUAUCUCUAAUAGGAAAUUGAGGCCUCAUUAUUAGUUUUUAAUCUUUCAGCUUGUUUUUACACCAGAUUGAAGCUCAUCUGCGUCUUGUCCUGCAGGGUGGGUGCCAAGUGCAGCCCCUGGUAGGAAACGGUGCUGGGGUGAUGUGCUGGUGAAGGGUUGUGGUUCCUCCUUCUUGGCUGCUCCCUGUGAGACAUGGAGAAGUGCACCCUCACCUCCCAAAGCAGGAUGUGAGGCUGGUCCAUCCUCCAGCAAACCCAUGUCAGUGAUCUCUGGUGUAACAAGGCAAUGCAGGGAUUCAGCAGUGCUCUGGCAAAGGACACCAGCUCCAUCUCUUCCCCCACUCCAGGUUUCCACCUCAGAGCAGCACCGCUGUGCUCUGGGUAACACUUCCUACCCAGUAGGUCCAGCUGAGCUCUGGCACGGUGUGUUUCAUACCCCAUCCCUGCUGUGGGGCCAUGCACUGCCCUGCAACCCUGAUACUGUGGGGUUUGGGGUCACCCUGUUCCUCUUUCCCACCCCCAGCACCCAAACCCCAUUCCCCUUGCUCCAAAAUAGUAAAAUAAGGGAAAAUAAAGAGAAAAGGUGGUGGAGGAACACAGUGGUUGCGAGAGCCUCCGCCGGAGGCAGGCAGUGGCACUCAUCCCCAUCCCUUGCCUUCAUGGCAAACCGACCGGCCUUCCUCAUGGCCCCCGACCUCAUCACAUCAGGAUUUAUGAACACGUGUAAGUCCAUGUUAUCGGUCUCUGGCUGGCUUUUACCCCUCCAAAUUGUUUGAGAAGGAAACUCCUUGGUAAAUGCUAAUAAUAAAGCAUUUCUGAAGUGCUCCGAUGUACACAUAUCAACGACUAAACCAAUACAUUGUUUGUUAUAACCCUGUAGCCUGCAGUUUAUAGCACAAUUAGUUACAGGUUUUUAUAGCGUCUAUUUAGUAUUUUGGAGAAAAAAAAAAGAAAAAGUUAUAAAUAUAAUUGUUAUAUUCUAUUGUACUUUAUAGACAAAGUUAUAUUAGUAACAAUAACUCACUGCUUCAACAGCAUUUCCCAGCUCCCUAAAAAACGAGGGCUACAAAGAGCUACUUUCCCAGGAGGAGGGGGUAUGUGGGGGCACUCACAGGGAAACCAGGGCCGGGAGGUCUGGAGCAUCCCAGGCUCGCAGGGAUCAGAGCAGCAGCUCCAAGAACCCUGCUCCUUGCCCUACUCACACUCUUUAAUACAAAGCAUUACUGCUCACCCAACGCCACCCUGGUCCUGCUUAAACUAACCUGCUCCUGAGCCUGGGAGAGGCUGAGGAUGUCCCCACCGCUGUCCCCAGGGUGGUGAUGGGUUUCUGCCCCUGUGUGCGUGGUGCCUGGGUUCGGUCCAGCCCAGCAAGGAUGCUUCUCUCUGCUCCUCCUCCUGCCUUGGUGAGUGUCCCGGUUGCCUGGACUUGGCUUUCCUUUUCCCCCUGGACUUCUUGUUGGAGAUUCCCGAGGUGUCUGCACCGCCUGUAAUGCCCUGCACUCCCUUAUUUGAAAUGGAAUUAAAAAUCAGGUCUGUCCCCUUUGUUCUGUA